AUGGAGUAUGAAGAUGAAGAUCGGUUAUGUGUUACUAUGGAAGAAUUUUCUCUUGCUACUGAAAAUGGUAGUAGCAUGCAAAGGAUGAGUAGGAAGAGGAACUAUGAUGAUGACACAAGAGAGUACAAAUCAAAGAACCUUGAGACUGAAAGGAGGAGGAGGGAGAAGCUGAGUAGCAGGCUUUUGAUGCUGCGUUCUAUAAUGAAUAAAGCAACAAUUGUCGAAGAUGCUAUCACCUACAUUGAGAAGCUGCAAGCCAAAGUCCAGAGUCUCAGCCAUGAGCUUCACCGAAUGGAAGCAACUUCAGAGGACACAGCAGAGACAAAAGCAGAUGAAAUUAAUGCAGUGGAGGAUAUGCAGAAUUGGGGGAUACAGGCAGAGGUGAGAGUGGCUCAAAUAGAUGGGAAUAAACUUUGGGUAAAGAUCAUCAUUGAGAAGAAGAGGGGAAGAUUCAGCAAAUUGAUGGAGGCCCUCAAUAAUUUUGGCAUUGAGCUCAUAGAUACUAAUCUCACAACCACAAAAGGAGCAUUUCUGAUUACAAGCUGCAUACAGGGCAAGGAUGGUGAAAGACUUGCAGUUCAUCAAACCAAGAAUUUGUUACAAGAUAUUAUCAAUGACAUAUAGAGCCAGUUGAAAUGGAUUUUAAGUUAUUUUAUUGUUAGGUUAUGAUUUAAGUACCACUAGCAUUUGAGAGGAUUCAUUCUAUAAUGAUGAAAAAAAAACACCAUGACAGUUUAGAUAAUUUUGUUUGUUGUUACUGUUGGAUAAUGCAGAAUCAGUAUCAUAUCAGCUAGCUUAUAACAUUCAGUAUUUAUAUUUUAUUAAAAAAACAGUUCAUCUUAUUGUGUCUCUCUAACCCCUCUAAAAAAAGUCAUAUGUUAACACCAACCACAAUUGGG